UAAUUGGCUGUUGUGGUACUCGCCGUAGUGUUGUAAUAUCUCGCAACAAGACAGAAACAAUCCAGUUGCGAUGUAAAUUAAUAUUUCAAAGAAAAAUAUAUAAAACACAAGUUUAUGUUAAAUAAAUUUAUAUUUGACUGACAUUUUUAGCUGUUGUUAUGAAAUAAAAAAAAACCUGCAGUCUUAUUGUUGCCAUUAAUAAACCUUAUAUGUAUUGUAGUACCUACUCUAAGAGAAUAGAAACUGAAGAACAUGAGGAUUGAAGUUAAUUAAUUAAUAUACAAAAUUCGUAUGAAAAGUUAAUAAAGAUUCCAAAAAACAGUAAAUAGAUAUUAACACGUUUUGUCAGUGAAUAUUUUUUGUGUUAUUAAAACAAAAAGUUAAUAUACAUUUCUGAGGACUUUAUAAUUAUAAUUAGUUUCUUACCUUUUGAAUAUCUGGGCCAACAGGUAUAGCAAGCAUUUUUUGGACUCUUGCUAUAUCAAAAAAUAAAAAUUAAAAAAAGUAAUAAUAAUACAAUUUUCGUGCGAUGCAUUGCCGCCAAAAAAGUUCAAGCUUUUCAAGCUAUGAAUUAAAAACAUGUGUAAGAAAACUAAACCGAACAAAUGUGAUCGUAUGUUUAAAUAAUAAAUAAUACAAUUUUUGAAUCAAAAUAAAGUUUGUGCAGUAAGACAAAAAUAAAUAAAAACGAACCGGAAACGCAUCAAUAUAAUGUGGUGGGAAAAGAGCAGCAAAGAAACAGCGGUUAAGCCGGUUGCAUUUUCAAAAACAAAAAUCACUUCAAAACGAUCAUCACCAUUUAAAAUUAAAAACAUAAUAAAAUUGAGCAGAACCAACAAUUUCAAAACUAAAAAAAUCAAACAACGAAUAAAACGGCACCAUCGAAUUUUUUUAAGUUAUUCAUUAUAUUAUUCAUUAAUAAAUCAAAAUCAUCUUAAAUGUCCCAUUCAGACUCAAUACAAAUAUAAAUUAUCAGAAAUUAAGCAAAUAAUUAACGGCUCGUUGUUAGCGCCUAUUUUCGAAUACUUUUUUGUUGGUAUACCGUUCAUACAAGAAAUUAUAAUAGCAUUUCAAUUCCCACUGUUUUCUAUCACAUCAUCUAGUUAUUUUAAAAUGCCUCUUACCAUUGUUUUGUUCCUAUCAAUGUUAAUUACCAGUCACAUUACAAAUUGCCAAGCGAUCCAUAAUAAUAAAAAUAAUAAUAAUAAUGAAGAACAACGUGAUAAUACAUAUUUAUUUCUUAGCUAUUAUAAUAAUAAAAGUAAUAAUUUAAGUUUUAAUAAUAAAAGUCUGAUAGAAGAUAGUAAAAGUACAAUUGUUAAUAGUAAUAAGAUUAAUUAUGUAGAAUAUAAAUCAUUGAAUAUUAUUGAUUACAAGUUGUGGCCAAGGAAAAGAAAAAAAUUUCAACUUCGAACCGAAGACUUCGAUAUCAAGCAACAAACCAAUGAAUCACAUCGUAAUUACAAAACUCAUUAUGAUGAACAUGACAUUCAAAAUGCCUUCUAUAGAAAUAAUUCUUUACAAAAUAUUAGUUUUACAAAUCAAACAAUGAACCCUAGCCUUAAUGAUGACAAUAAUGAGCAAUUGAUAAAAAUCAUUAUGGACGGAUUAGGAUUGAAAAAAUUACCGGAUUACAAUAAGGCAAACAUCAGCCAACUUGAAUAUGCAACGAAAUAUAACGAAUACCUUGAACGGAUACGUAAAAGAUCAAUUCCGGAUUAUGAUGAUAUAUUGAAUCAAUUUGACAACGAUGAUCAUUUAAAUUUAUCACUUUCAUUAUUGUCCAUUCUUCAUAACUCUUCGGAUACAAAAAUCUAUCGACAAAGAAGAUCUCCAAAUAAAUUUGAUAAUAAAAACAAAAAUUCAGCAACGAAAUCAAUUUUGCUGAGAUUUCCAUUGGAAAUCAGUAGCGAUAUUAAAACAUCGGACAUUGAAGAAGCCAAUAUAAGACUGCUUUUGAUUACUAGUCCAGCAUUGGCAACGUCUCGAAAAUUUAAACGCCGCCAUAGUCACAAUCGUAAACAUCGUUUAAGUACAAAAAAGAAGAACUUCACAACUGAUCACAACGAAAAUCAUAAUUCAACCACAUCAGAAAGAAUUAAAGAGAAUCAAGAAUCAUUUAACGAAAUGGCAUCUAAAUUAAAUAAAAGUAUCGAACCGAGUCAUUUCUUGAACAUGAAAGUAUAUCAACUAUUGGAUCAUAAGAGAAAAGUUUGGAUUGAUGGACGGAAAAUAGAAGUCAAAUUCGAUCGUAAUAAAAUGGAUGAAUCAACUAGUCAGUGGCUUCAAUUUGACGUGACAAAAGCUGUGGAGGAAUGGCUUGUUUAUAAAAAGAAAAAUUUAGGCCUAGAAAUUCAAUGUGAUAAUUGCCUGCGACAUGGUGCACGAAUAAUUGAUGACCUAUCAGGAGAUAGUGAAGAAGACGAUGACGAUUCUGGUACCCUUUCCAAGUACGACCUAGCUCCUGUGCUUAACAUCAUCGGACGUCUAGGAACACAUCGCGAGAAACGCUCGAGGCAUUAUCACAACCAAAUGACAGAAAAACCGAAGAAAAAGAAAAACAAGAGCAAUUGCUACAAGGAUAACCAAAGAUGCUGUCGACAUUCCAUGGAAGUAGUUUUCAAAGAAAUCAAGGGCUUUGAAUUUAUAAUUCAACCCAAAGUAUUUGAUGCUGGUUUUUGUCGAGGCCGUUGCCCGCCUCGUUACAAUCCAGCACACCAUCACGCCUUGCUGCAAAGCCUUAUUUGGAAGCAGGAUAGAAAAAAAGUGCCCCAUCCGUGUUGUGCUCCGUCAAAACUGAUCGAACUCGAAGUUUUACAUGUAGAUGAAAAAGACAACGAGAAAUUGAAGAUCUCAACAUGGACUGACAUGCGGGUAUUAGAGUGCGCUUGCUCCUAGUAUGCAUCUGUGCAUGGCGUAAUUAAGCUAUUGAAAUGUAUUAAUUUAUUCAAAUCUCCGUCCUUGAAGUUUAAAUAAAUUCUUUUUUUUUUAAUCAUUAUUAAAUGAAAUCAAA